AGCAACAACCACAAGCGGUCCAAGUCCGCCGCCGCGCUGUCGCUGCUGCGCCGAAAAGACACUCGCGAUGACGAAUCCGGAUCCGAAGACGGCCGACUCUCGGCCACGGGGAGUCAUGCAUCUCCCCCGAAGGCUGCGACAUCCGCUGCCCGCAGCCACAGCUCGCGACUCUCGACGCCGUCGGCCAUCCUGAGCAGGACGCCGUCCAACAACCAGGCUGCCGCGAGCGUGAAAUCCUCCCCUACGUCAGAUGUCAAGACCGGCAGCCUUGAGCAGUCGGUGCGCAAGUUCAGGGUUGUCGAGGCCCUGAGGAGCGGGGACACGGCGUCCAUCUCAAAGGCCAUUCGGGAGACGGCCGACGGCGUCCCACGUGCGAGCAUCUCGUCCCUUGGCGGGGCCAGUGCUGGCGGCGCACUGGAGGACACCACCAUUCUUCACCUGGCCAUGCAGUGUGCCGAGUUCCCCGUCAUUGAAUAUGUUCUCUCGGACGGCCUUGGCAGCCUCGACGUCAACUCUCGAGACAAGGAUGGCAAUACCCCGCUGCACAUCGCCGCCAUGCACGGCCGGACCCAGGCAGUCAAGCUGCUGCUGGAGCAAAAGGACAUCAACGAUGCCAUCGCGAACAACCAAGGGAAGCUCCCCAUCGACCUGGCGCGAACCCCCGAAAUUUUCCAGCUGCUCCAGCUUUCGCGCUCUCUCUUCACGGACGCCAAAGUGCAGCAGAUUCAGGACCUCAUUGCCAAGAACGACUAUGAUACCCUUGCUCAAGUGCUGGAGGAGCAGCGGCUUAAGACGAUGCUGGACAUUAAUAGCACCGAGUUUGUAUGCGACCCGGUUGUUGCGCAAGCCGGCGGCACGCUGCUUCACGAAGCGGCCAAGAAGAAGAACAUUCAGCUCAUCCAAGUGCUUCUGCUACACGGCGCCGAUCCCUUCCGUCGCGAUCGCAGAGGCAAACUGCCCCAGUCAAUCACGAAUGACGACAAUGUCAAGGCCAUCCUGAAGAAGUCGCCAGCUGCUGUGGCGGCGCAGAGGGGUAUCCAAGAGAAGGCAGUCUUGGGACAUGCGGCCUCGCAGAGCGUUUCUGCUGGAGGGCCUAUCGAUCCCUUGGCAGGCCGCGAGGCCCGCGAGAUGAAGGGCUACUUGAAGAAAUGGACCAACUAUCGCAAGGGAUACCAGUUGCGCUGGUUCGUGCUCGAGGACGGUGUGCUCAGCUACUACAAGCACCAAGAUGAUGCCGGCUCGGCAUGUCGCGGGGCCAUCAACAUGAAGAUUGCCCAGCUUCACAUGAGCCCGGAUGAAAAGACAAAGUUCGAAAUCAUCGGCAAAUCGUCUGUGAAGUAUACGCUCAAGGCAAACCACGAGGUGGAGGCCAAGCGGUGGUUCUGGGCCCUCAACAACUCCAUCCAGUGGACCAAAGAUCAAGCCAGGGAGGAAGAGCGCCAAGCGGCUCGCAACGCGGAGCUUCUUCGAAUCGCCAAAGCCGAUCAGAGCGGCGCACUCUCCCUCCAGGAGUCCCACAGCGAGAACACAAGCACGACGGAUCUGAGGCGGAUCAGCACGCAGUUGCAGGCGCGACCCAUCCUAUCGGUUAAAAAGUCAGACAUGACCGCAACGAGCAUAGGCAGUGUAGAAGAGGAGGAUUUUGUGGAUACUUACACAGAGGCCGAGGCCAUACAUAGCCACGAGCACGUUGCUGGCCCAGGAACCACAGCUGGAGACGGAGACGACGAAGACGACUAUGGCGAGGAGACGAGUGGCCGCGAGGAGCCCCAGGCAACCAAGGACGCCCUCAACAUCACGGCGCAAUCAGCGAAACUGCAACUCGAAACCAUGGCAAGCGUGCACUCGGCGCUCAUGGGAGAGCUUUCUCGCAGUCCUGCCACAGCGCUGUCGGAUACAAAGGUGGCACAGGCACUCUCCACAUAUGACGCUGCCAUCCGGAGCUUGACGGGCCUUGUUGGCGACCUGCUCCGGAUCUCCAAAGACCGUGACGCAUAUUGGCAGUACCGGCUGGAUCGCGAGUCGAACAUGCGACGGAUGUGGGAGGAGAGCAUGGCGCAGGUGGCUCGUGAGCAGGAAAUCCUCGAGGCUCGCGUCGGUGAAUCAGAGAUGAAGCGCAAGCUGGCGAAGAAGGCGCUGCGCGAGGUCAUGGAAGGCGGCGGCUUGCCGUCUGCUAGCGUCACGCCGACGAUGGAGAAGGUUCAGGAAGAGGUCGAGGAGGCCGCGGCCAUUGUCAAGGCAACGAGCCGGACGCUGGCUCGGAAGCAGACGGCCCUCGCGCAGAUGGCCGAGUUGUCCGACAGCGAGUCCGGCGUGGAAGACGAGUUCUUCGAUGCGAUAGACUCCGGCGACGUCGAAGUGACGGAGCUCCCUCCCAGCGACACCAAGCAGGACAAGAAGGACGUGGUCGUCUCGGGCAUCGACAUCAGUAGCUCCUUCAAGGGAUAUGAAAACGGCAUUCGUCACAAGCUCAAGAUCGAGAAUGAUGAUCGGCCAAAGAUUUCCCUCUGGGGCAUCCUCAAGUCGAUGAUUGGCAAGGACAUGACAAGGAUGACGCUGCCGGUGUCGUUCAAUGAGCCGACCUCUCUGCUUUACCGUUGCGGUGAGGACAUGGAAUACGCGGACCUUCUCGAUCUCGCAGCCGAACGCUCAGACUCAAUCGAGAGACUCAUGUACGUGGCGGCGUUCGCUGCUAGCGAGUACGCGUCCACGAUUGGCCGCGUGGCCAAGCCGUUCAACCCGCUGCUCGGCGAAACGUUUGAGUACGUUCGCCCAGACAAGAACUACCGCUUCUUCAUUGAGCAAGUCAGCCACCACCCGCCGAUUGGCGCCGCGUGGGCUGAGUCGCCCAACUGGACGUACUGGGGCGAAUCGCAUGUCAAGUCCAAGUUCUACGGCAAGUCGUUUGACAUCAACCCCCUUGGCACGUGGUUCCUCAGGCUCCGGCCUACCGCUGGUGGCAAGGAGGAACUGUACACAUGGAAGAAGGUGACGUCCUCGGUCAUUGGCAUCAUCACUGGCAACCCCACGGUGGACAACUACGGCCCCAUGGAGAUCAAGAACUGGACGACGGGAGAAGUGGCCCACGUUGAGUUCAAGGCCCGUGGUUGGAAGGCCUCGAGUGCGUAUCAGAUCGUCGGCAAGAUUGUGGAUGCCUCGGGCCAGGUGCGGGUCAGCCUCGGCGGGCGGUGGAACUCAAGACUCUAUGCCCGCCUGACACCCGGCUACGAGGCUGCCGUUGACGAGCCCUCUACCAAGAACAAGGACAUUGUUCACCGAGGCAGCAUCGCGGACCCCAACCGAGCGUAUUUGAUCUGGCAAGCCAACGAGCGACCAGCGGGCAUCCCCUUCAACCUGACGCCGUUCGUGCUGACGUUCAACCACAUUGACGACAACUUGAGGGCAUGGAUUGCGCCCACCGAUUCACGUCUGCGGCCUGACCAGCGGGCCAUGGAAGAGGGCGAAUACGACUUUGCGGCAAGCGAGAAGAACCGGCUGGAGGAGAACCAGCGGGCCCGACGCCGAGCGCGCGAGAGUGCCGGGGAAGAGUUUGUCCCCGCGUGGUUCACCAAGGCGAGGUGCGAAAUUACGGGCGAGGAGUACUGGCAAUUUAAUGGCAAGUACUGGACGCAGCGAGAAAAGGCCGGACCCGAGGGCGAUUAUGCAGCAGCAUGGCAAGGGCUGGAGCCUAUAUUUGAAGAUGUACCUUCUGAGAACUCGUGA